AUGCCAAAAUCUAUUAUAAAUAUUACUUUAUUUAUAUAUUGUGUAAUAUUACAUGCAUGUGUUAGUAUCAGUGAAGAUUAUUAUAACGAUGACUAUUUAUUAGAUAAUAAAAAUGAAACCGUACUUAAUGAUUCUAAUGCCCGAAGGUUAAUUGUAAAACAUAAUUUGUCUCAGGUAACAUUAAAUGAUUCCUUUAGUAUUUUCAGCAGUUUACCAAAAAGAAAUGAUUAUGACACUACUAAUCGAAAAGAAAAUAUAAUAUUGUCUUAUCAAAUUGGAAAAGGAAAAAGACCUUAUAAAAGUGUUGUUCGUAAUGUAAAAAGCUAUGCAGAUCCUAAAACAACUAGAAAUCUUUCUCUAAGUGAAAAGAAAUGUACAAAAGCAAGUUUUAAAGCCAUAUUUGACUUAAAAUCCUUUACAGAAUAUGAUUAUGAUUAUACUGUAAACGACGAUUUGUCACUAAUAUUACGUGAAGAAAUCAAUCAAGUAAAAAAUCUGAAUAGUAAUAUACCUAAUAAACUAAACAACACAGAAAUAAAUAAGACACCAUAUGCAAAAUUUUAUAAUUUAGAACCGGCGAUCGCCAAGAUUAAUAUUAAAACAAAAUAUAAUAAAUCAUUGGAUAACAAUAUCUGGUAUGUCCCUCAAGAGUUUCCUUGUUGGGAAUUACCUAUUAUUUAUGGUGAGCUAGGAGAAAGGAAAAAGAAAUCUGAUGUAUUUUUAAUUUAUGGAGGGAAAUUAGUCAAUGUUAUUGAUCAUUGGACAAAAAAAGAAACUGCUUAUAAAGCAGGAGAUCCGCCAAUGUCGCACGUUAGUAAUAAAUGGUGUGGAGUACAACCAUGCUAUGGAGAUCAUACUCUUUGCUUGUUUCCAAAUAAUGAUAACUCAAACAUAUGUCAUAAAAAAUAUAAAGUUCACGUGCCUACAAUUUUGGACCACAUUACUAUUACAAAUACUAUUAAUUCAAUGCGAAAUCGUGUUGCUCACAGAUUAGUUAAUAAAUAUUCUCAUUUGCCUACUGCUGCAAAUAUGAAACAAAUUAACUACGAUUAUGAUCUAGAAAAGAUAGCGGAAGCGUGGUUGCGCCAAUGUUUACCAGGAGCAGCACCUUGUUCUGCUAUUGAUGGACAAAUUGUUUCCCAACUAGAAUGUUCAAAAUAUAUGCAAUAUUGUUGCUUAAAAAAAUCAGAAGCUAUCACACAGUGCACGCCUAGGCCUGAAUGCUUUGUUCACCCUGUUAUUGGAUGUAUUCACGUUUGGUUUUCAAGUGCUGGAAAGGAUUUAACGGUAACGGAUAUCCAAUGUGGCAGGACAACCGUAAACACGUUCAACACAGUUCAGCUGCUUUGGGCUGAGACAAGGAAAAUCGGGUGCGCUUACGGCGAACAAUCUAAUGGUGAUAUUAGAGUUAUCUGUGAAUUUUCUCCAGGGGCACCAUUUUACUUAGAGACGAAAUUAUUUUGUGGCAUAAUAAAUCACAAAGAUAUAUCAUAUAUGCGUAAUAAUAAAAACUUAACAGAUUUAAAUUUUUUAUCUUCUUUAGGAAUAAAAUGGAACCAUAUUCCUAUUACUGAAAAAUCAUUCAUAAAUAUUUCAAUACAAAGAGGAUUAAAGAUGAAUAACGGAGAAUUAACAACAGAGACCCUGCAAACAACAGAUUCGUCAUGGGGCUUAGAUAGUCUAACUAAAGUUUAUAAAGAGGGUUGGGUAAGAGAACAUCUCGAUAAUGGAGUCAACGGUACAAGGAGUAUGAUUGCUAGGUUGGUUGCAAAAUACACAUUUAUUGAUGAGAGUGAGUCGAGGUGUGACUCAGGUGAGCCAAUAUAUGAAGUAGGAUCUCCUGGAUCUUCUUGCAUUGAGAAUGGAAGAACUUACACUGGGUUAUGUUAUGACUUUGGAGAUCCUACACCAGGAUAUAGAGUGAUAGCCAUAGCUGCUCCGAUAGCUCUAUUCUCCUUAAUGUUAUAUGAUCUUUUUAGUGGAGUUGUAAGACAAACAAAUUAU